ACGGCAUUUUUUUAAAGCGCUUUUAUGUUUUCGUUUUCAAUAAAAGGAACGAAGCGACGUGAGCCGCCUCCCGGUGCCUCUGUGGGGGCGGUCCUGGGAACACCCCCUGGGGGCGGGGCGGGGAUGGGGGAGGGCUCAGCGCAGCGGAAGCGGCUGCAGGAGACGGUGAUCGGCACCAUGGCUCGGGCUGUCACCUGGCUCAAGCGGCUGUGCGGGACCGGGGAGCGCCCCCAAACCCCGGAGGCCACACUCAGCCCCCCCCGGGAGACCCUGUUCCGGCAGGAGGGACCCGGGGGGGUGACAUUCCGCAUCCCUGCGCUGCUCCACGUGCCUCCCCGCACCCUCCUGGCCUUCGCCGAGAAGCGCUCCUCCACCCGGGACGAGGAUGCAGAGCUCCUGGUGCUGCGUCGAGGGCAGUGGAAUGGGCAUAGGGUGGAGUGGGGCCCUAUGGAGGAGCUGUCCGAGCUGACCCUCCCGGGCCACCGCACCAUGAACCCCUGUCCGCUGUACGAGGCCGCAAGCGGCACCGUCUUCCUCUUCUGCAUCUGCGUGGAGCGCCACGUCACCGAGUGGCACCAGAUCAUGGUGGGACGCAGCGCCGCGCGGCUCUGCUGCUCCUCCAGCCCGGACCGUGGCCGCACUUGGAGCCCUCUGCGGGAUCUCACCGACGAGGCCAUCGGCGACGACCUGCCCCGUUGGGCCACCUUUGCCGUAGGGCCGGGCCAUGGGGUGCAGCUGGACUCAGGCCGCCUGGCCGUGCCGGCGUACGCCUACUACGUGCACGGACGGCUGUGCGGCGUCCCGCUGCCCUGCUGCACCCGCCCGCACUCCUUCAUCUUCUACAGCGACGACGGCGGACGGAGUUGGCAGAAGGGAUCGCUGCUGCGGGGCAUGCGGACUGGAGAGUGCCAGGUGGCCGAGAUCGGUGCCAAGGACGGAGGGACGCUGCUCUACUGCAGUGCCCGUCGGCCGUGCCGCUGCCGGGCUAUGGCUGUCAGUGUUGACCAUGGCCAACGCUUUGGCCUCCCAGCACGGUGCCCGGCGUUGUGUGAACCGCCACAGGGCUGCCAGGGCAGCGUGGUCAGCUUCGUGCCAACCACUGUUGGGUGUCCUGUAGGCACCACCGGCACCGAGAGCCCCAGUGGGGUCACCCAACAUUGGCUGCUCUGCUCCAACUCAACCAACCGGCGCCGACGAUGUGAUUCAGGUAAUGAGAGUUCCAAUGGGGACAUUCAGGGUUGGCUGCUCUGCUCUUCGCCCCCCACCGUCGUUGGAUGUCCUACAGCCACCACCAGCCCCAAAAGUCCCAGGAGGGUCACCCAACUCUACUCUCAGCCAACCGACCAGCAACAACACUACGAUUUAGGGCUCCAAGUCAACACCGUGCCGCACAACAGUGGGUGUCCCAUAGGCACCACUGGCACCGAGAGCCCCAGUGGGGUCACCCAACAUUGGCUGCUCUGCUCCAACCCAACCAACCAGCUCCGACGAUGUGAUUUAGGGACCAAGAGUCCCAGUGGGGACACCCGGCGUUGGCUGCUCUACUCACACCCCACCAGCCGGCGCCACCGCCGCAAUUUAGGGCUCUAUGUCAACACGGCGCCGCCCAACGAGGAGGGCUGGCGGCACCCAUGGGUGCUGCAGGAGGGACCUUGUGGGUAUUCUGACCUGGCUGCGUGCCCUGAUGGGGUCUUCGGGUGCUUGUUCGAGUGUGGGGAGGUCAGCACCUCCGAGGAGAUCGCCUUCUGCCUCUUCACGUUGGGCGCCAUUGGAGGCAUCGAAAAUGGUGAAGGAACUGAGAUGCCGUGCCUUGGGGAAGAACCCAUUUUUGGGGUUUUGUCCCCAAAAAGCGAUGGGGAGAGCUCAGAGGAAGGUUUUAGGGAUGUGACCCCAGCAGAGGAGAAGCAGUGUCGUGAAGCUUUUAAUUAACUUUUCUAUUUAUUGACUGAUGCCCAUCAUUGGGUUGGUGAUGGUGUAGAAAGGAACUGGGUGCGAUGGGACAUUGAGCGACAGCAGCACACUCCAGUGCCCAAAACUUCUUAAAAAUCAAUAUUUUAGGGAGCGUGGUGCUGUUGGUUUGGGGUUGGACUUGGGAUCUCAGAGAUCUUUUCUUUUUUACAGCUGGGGAAAACCCGAAGUCAGAGAUGAGUUGCAAGUUCCUGACUCUAUUACGUGCCAUGAGAUAAUGUUUCCCAUUUUUAGAGUUUUUCCCCUAUUUUUCCAUCGCCUGAUGCCUGCUCAGAGCCGAGUUCUGUCUCUGCCCAACCGCAGGGGACGGGCAGUGUCUAUGUCCCUGGACUGGUGGUUGCAGCUCAGCACGGGCCCGUGUCCUUGUGCCACCAGCAAAUAAAAACUCCAAAAUGGGCAGAA